AUGGAGAUCGUGCCCAGCCCUGACAUUUGCCUGUGCAAGGCAAGCUCUUGGACCCUGGUUAUUGAGACAGGAGGACAUGCGCAUGGCGGUCAUUCUUGUGUUGAGUGCAAAACGGUUGACACAACCAAAAUUAAUGCUCAAGAGGAGUUUGUGGCGUCUGCAGGCUACAUCGAGAAGGAUCUCGAAGCUAUCGUGGGACUGCAAACUGACAAGCCACUGAAGAGGUCCAUCAAGCCGCUUGGAGGAACGCGGGUUGUGAGGAAGGCGCUGGAGGCAUAUGGUUACGAGGCCGAUGAGGAUGUGGAGCGCUUGUUCAGCAAGGUGCGCAAGACUCAGAGCGAUGGCAUCUUCCAAGUGUACACUCCGGAGAUGCGAGUGGCACGCAAAAAUGGCAUCCUCACAGGUCUGCCAGAUGGGUACGGUCGUGGGAGGAUCAUUGGUGACUAUAGGCGGCUGGCACUGUUUGGGGCGGACCGCUUGAUCGAGUCCAAGGAAGAAGACUUGAUGAACAUCAAUGGCACCAUGACAGAAGAUGCAAUUCGGCUGAGGGGGGAUGUGCAGGACCAGAUCCAGGCUUUGAAGGAGCUGAAGGAGAUGGCGUCCUCCUACGGCUUCGACGUCAGCCGCCCGGCCGCCAACGCCCGGGAGGCCGUCCAGUGGACCUACUUCGGGUACCUGGCCGCCGUCAAGGAGUCCGACGGCGCCGCCAUGAGCCUGGGCCGCGUGGACGCCUUCUUUGACGUCUUCAUCAACGAGGACCUACGGCGAGGCGCCCUCACCGAGGCCCAGGCGCAGGAGCUGGUUGACCACUUCGUGAUGAAGCUGCGCCUGGUGAAGCACCUGAGGACGCCGGAGUACAACCAGCUGUUCGCGGGGGACCCCACUUGGGUGACGGCAGCGCUGGGCGGCGUGGACAGCAGGGGGCGGCCGAUGGUCACCAAGACGAGCUUCCGGAUCCUGCGCACCCUCAGCAAUCUGGGCCACGGGCCCGAGCCCAACAUAACGGUGCUGUGGGACGAGAACCUGCCCACGCCCUUCAAGGAGUACUGCGCCCGGGUAUCCAUCGACACGUCCAGCAUCCAAUACGAGAACGACCGCCUCAUGCGGCCGCUGUUCGGCAGCGACUACGGCAUCGCGUGCUGCGUGUCGGCCAUGCGGCUGGGGCGGGACAUGCAGUACUUCGGGGCCAGGUGCAACCUCCCGAAGCUUCUCCUGUACUGCAUGAAUGGGGGGCGCGACGAGAUCACCGGGGCGCAGGUUGGCCCUAAGUUCGCCGCCCCGCCGCUCGACGCCGACGGCGCCCUGGAAUACGGCGGCGUGAUGGCGGCUCUGGAUGGGGCCAUGGACUGGCUGGCGGAGCUGUACGCGAACACCAUGAACGUCAUCCACUGCAUCCACGACAGGUAUAACUACGAGAGCGUCAUGAUGGCGAUGCACGACACUGAGGUGCGCAGGCUGCUGGCGUUCGGCGUGGCGGGCCUGUCGGUCAUCACGGACUCCCUCUCCGCCAUCAAGCAUGCAAAGGUGUUCCCCAAGCGCGACGAGAACGGCAUGACCGUCGACUUCGACGUCCAGGGCGAGUUUCCGAAAUACGGUAACGACGACCCGAGAGUGGACUCGAUCGCCCAGUGGGUGGUGAAGACGUUCCACGGCAAGCUGUCCAAGCAGACGACGUACCGCGGCAGCGUCCCCACGCUCUCUAUCCUCACCAUCACCAGCAACAUCGUGUACGGCAAGAAGACGGGGACCACACCCGAUGGGCGAAAGAAGGGGGAGGCCUUUGCGCCGGGUGCCAAUCCCAUGCACGGAAGGGACGCCUCAGGCGCCAUUGCCGCCCUCAACUCGGUGGCCUCCCUGCCGUACACCAGCUGCCUGGACGGCGUGUCCAACACCUUCAGCCUGGUGCCCAGCGUGCUGGGAAAGGAUGGCGGCACGCGGGCCUCCAACCUGAGCGCGCUGCUGGACGGCUACUUCGCCUCCGGCGGCCACCACAUCAACGUCAACGUCCUCAACAGGGAGACCCUCAUGGACGCCGUGGAGCACCCUGAGAAGUAUCCCAAUCUGACUAUCCGCGUGUCGGGCUAUGCGGUGCACUUUCACAAGCUCACGCGGGAGCAGCAGAUGGAGGUCAUCGCCAGGACGUUCCACGACAACAUGUAG